GACAUAUUGCAGCCAGCUCAGAUACUACCACAUUAACAUUUUUUUCAAGUGGUCAAAUUAGACAAUAUGUGAUGAGAUACUUUGUAAGAAAACCAUUUUAUGUAUGCACAAUUUAGUUUGUGUUACAUAAUUGUAGGUGAUUCACAUUAUUCAAAAUACAUACACAUUUUUCUAAAUCAAAUGUGGUGAGACUUUUUUUUUUUUAGUUUAAAGAUUCAUAACUUGUCUGACAAAAAAUGUAAACUCACUUUCUCUUUGUCUAGCAGAAGGAGAGAUUUCUGCCACAGACAUGACAUUUCUUUUCUUAAAUGACUUGAAUGUUUCAGCAUUCCCCUAAACAAGUCUGUAAGAUAUAUGUUAUUUAAGUUACAAGUGCCCAUUUUUACAUUGCACGUCUAAGAUAAUGCUAGAAUACCCAACUGGAUGGAUUAUAUUGUAAGUUAUAGCUUUACAGCAGAGAUAUAUAAACAUAAAUAGGAUUUCAGUGCUAACACUAGAGGUUUUUUUCUAGUUUUUGGUAAGGUGUAAACAUCCCAAAGAUUUGAUUUUGGCUAGUCCUUUAAGCACAGUGAUGCAGGUGUGAAGUUCCUAUUCAAUUCAAUUCAAUUCAAUUCAAUUCAAUUCAAUUCAAUUCAAUUCAAUUCAAUUUUAUUUGUAUAGCGCCAAUUCAUAUCAGAAGUUAUCUCAGGACACUUUUCAAAUGGAGCAGGUCUAGACCGAACUCUUUAUAACAUUAUUUACAGAGACCAACAGUACCACCAUGAGCAAGACCUUGGUGACGGGGGCAAGGAAAAACUGCCUGAAAAACAAGAAAAACACAUGUAACAAAAAUGUCACAUCACAUAGAAUUGUACCCUAACACUAUACUACCCUCUGAAUUAUAUCAUAUUACUCCAAAAAACAUAUUAUUCAUCAUGACCAAUGAUAUGUUCUAGAGCUGUGUGUGCUCAGCCAUCAAGGAUCUACUCUAUACCGAAAUCUCUUAUAUCUUAAAAAUGCUUCAAAGUGUAAAGUUAUCUUUCCCAUAAGUCCAAACUUACUUUCAGCAGUGAUAAAUACGGUCUCAAUAUGAAAACAUUGAUCUGUGUGUUUAAUUGUAUUGUCCGUAGUGCUUCAGGUAGGAAUCCUGUAGUGUUUUUCCAUCCUCACAUUGCUGAACUAUGAACUGUUUUUGUACUCUUGUUUACUGUUUAUUGUAUGUUACCCAACUGCAUUAUUAGAAUGUUCUAAUGUUACACGGUGUAAGUGUCUGUGUUUGUGUGAUCAUUUCCAGUCCACAUCUGCGUUUGUGUACUGAUUGUAAACUCUGGUGAAUUGAGCAUGGAGGGCUAUCUUAAGCAAACCCAUUAAUCAAGGUGGUGAUGUGAAGUGACCCGAGAGCAUCCAGGACUGAUUCCAGACAGGCAGCUUGAAUACAGGAAGAUGGCUAUACCAGUCAGUAUGAGAUCUGUUGUGCUGAAUAAUUGAAACUGAUAUAGUCUGAUAUAUAAUGUGGAAGCUCUGUGUUUUGUGGACUAGUGGAGUGCACAUACAAACUAUUGCAGCUGAUGUUGAUGUGACCCCUGGCAUGACAAGGCAGACUCAAUGAGCUCACCUCCAAAAUCUGACCUCCCACACUGACAUUACUUACAGCCCAACCUCUGCUGGCGUCUCUCCCUGCUCUUAUUCUAUUCCUCUAGAUUUGCAUGACAGGCCAUUGGAGUGAUUGAAACAGUUCAUUUGCCUGAAAGACGAGAAGCCAAGACUCAGUCCUUGUUGUCCUGCAGAGGUUGAGACGCUGAGCUAGCCUGGAUCCAAAAGUUCUACCAGGGAGCCAAAAUGGAAAUAAAGGAGAUGCUCAGCUUGGCGCGGGUGCCCUCCAUCCUCAUGCUCGGGUUGGUUUAUGUGACCUACGUGCUGAUCGGAGGGGUGGUCUUCUGGAAGUUGGAGGGAGAACUCGGACAGAAGGACAUCAGUAGUUUACUGUUGCACAAAAAGGCCCUGCUUACGAAGUACACCUGUCUGAACCAAGAGGGCUUGGAGGCAGUGGCUCAGGUUGUUUACGAUGCAUCCAAGGCCGGCCUAAGUUUGAAGGGCAACUAUACCACGGAUGGCUUCUGGAAGUUCACCAGCUCAUCUGUGUUUGCUGCCACUGUGGUCACAACUAUAGGUUAUGGGAACAUGAGUCCCAGCUCUACUGCUGGCCAGAUCUUCUGCGUGUUCUUUGCUCUGUUUGGCAUCCCGCUCAACUUGGUGGUGCUCAACAGGGUGGGCAAGUACAUGCUUGUUAUUGAGAGGAACAUCUCUGACUUCAUCGAGGGAAAGACCGGGCGAAGGACGUGUACCCGCUUUUUUGUCCACCUGGUGUCCUACCUGUCAGGAGCAGUUCUCUUCUUUGUUGUGCCCAUGAUUGUGUUCCAACAGCAUGAGGGCUGGACCUACUCCCAGGCCAUCUACUUCUGCUUCAUCACCCUCAGCACCAUUGGCUUUGGAGACUUUGUGGCAGAUAAUAAUCCGGACAGAGAAUACCCAGAUUGGUACAGCGUCCUCAUGGCCUCGUGGAUCUUCUUCGGCUUGGCCUGGCUGGCCCUGCUUAUCAAUCACUCCAUGGACAUCCUGGAGCGGCUCAACACCUACUGUAAACUGUGGUGGGGUGGACAGACGCAGGAGCCUGGCAGUGCAGAGGGAGACAACCCAGACACUCAGGUGGAGGAGGAAGAUGAGAUCAAGAAGCCUCCAGAAACUCAGUAAUAUACAAAAUAAGGUGAAGAUUUCAGUGAGGUUACCUAGUUGUAGAAUAGUCUGUCUGUAGAUCAAGAUGUGGGCAACAGGCAUAAAUUGCAGAAUAUGGCUAAGCCAUGGCAGUAUGUGUGUGUGUGUGUGUGUGUGUGUGUGUGUGUGUGUGUGUGUGUGUGUGUGUGUGUGUGUGUGUGUGUGUGUGUGUGUGUGUGAUAAGAUGGUAAAUGUUGAGAAUCUGUGAUGAUUUAAUUUGUGACAGAGCAAUGGUUUGUCAGUUUUGAUCCUUUUCUCAUUAAAGGUCCAGUGUGUAACAUUUAGAAGGAUCUAUUGGCCGAAAAUAAUAGUCAUAGCUAUGUUUUCAUUAGUAUGAAAUAUUAGGAUAUCAUUAUGUUUCUGUUACCUUAGAAUGAGCCGUUUAUAUCUACAGAAGCUGAAGGGUGCCUUCAAUGGAGUCGUUGAACCACCAUGUUUCUACAGUAGCCCAGAAGGGACAGACUGUUUCCAAACACUGGCUCUAGUUAGGGGCAUGUUUGGAAGGGGAGGAUGAAACAGAGCUGCGACCUGUAACUAUACCGCUUGAUACCACUAAAUCCUACACACUGGACCUUUACCAGACGUUAAAAUAUUGACUCAUUUUUGUUGAGUCAGGUUUGUUUGUCUGACAGCAGGCAACAUCCACAUGCUGUUUGGUCUGUUAGCACUUUGUUUCCCAAACUGUAAACAAGUGCCUCUUCACUCCCGUUCCUAUUUAUCUACCUGGCUAAACAAAAGUCCUCUGAGAUUAAAGUCUAGCGAGGAAUACUGGAUCAACACUUACUCUGCCUCAUGGUGUCUGUCUGGGGGUUAGUGGUCUGUGGAAAACCCCACUGACUCACUGACUGAGCAACAGAAUGACACCGGGUCAUUUUCAACAUUUGAUGUCUACAAUCAAAACCACAAUCUAUUAAAGAUACAUGUAAAUAGUGUGAUUUGUUUUUCAUAAUAUAAGGACCUAAAUUACACAUUCUACUGCAAUAAUUACAAUUAAGGCUUUUCAAAACAUCUCUAAACAUAACUGGUUGAAAAUUUACAUUCAAAAAGAAGAGAAUCAACAAGAGAAUCAGAACUUUAAGGGGACAUUGGUGGUAUAUCUAAGUUUCUGAAUAACUAUAAUGCAAGUUAAAUGGGCAAAAAAAGAACAUUCCACAUUUAAUUUUAUUUCAUUAAGUUUUAAAGUAAUAGGACUUUUUUAAGUAUUGUUCCAACACCAGUGGUCAACAUACGAAUAAAUGCUAACAACAAAUAUCUAAAUACACCAAAUACUGGAAGCUUUCACUUUUGACUGAAAUGAAAAAAACAUUGAAACAAAGUGGAAAAAUCAGGAACCAGAGCAAUCCAUGUGAUUAAAUGAAAGAAAAUAUUUGCUUUUAAUUGUAUGUAAAUUCCUGUGAAUUAGAACACUGUUCCAAUCAUGAAUGUCUCCAGUAUAUUUAUACGAAUUUUCUUCAUUUUUACAACUUAUUUUAUUUUAUUUUAAACUGUUUUGUGUCUUGAUUAUUCUUGUUUUAGACAGAUAAUUUAGUAAAGCUUUGUGUCCACUAGAUGGUGCCGCUGUACCAACACUGGGGAUAUGUACCAUUAAAACCAGCCAAUACAUACUGUGCAUAUAUAGCUCUGUACAGUGAUGUAAUCAUAUCAACUAACCAUACUGAUCAUAUCCUCACAAUCAAUAUGUCUCCACACUUCAGAGAAGAAUAUUAUGUGUCAGUCAAAAGGUUAUGUAAACAAACCCAAACACAUUCUAGAGAGCAAUUUCUGUCAUUUCUUGUCCCUUUUGCAUCUCUAAAUAAAUGUGUACAGUCGUGAUUUCACUA